AUGGAUUUAAUACACUUGAACAAAGAAAUGACAACUAAUUUCAUUGAAGAUACUGUUAAUAAUAAUGAAGAUGAGGACAGUGAUUUAAAUUUUAUACAACGGCUUGGUGUUGAACUACAAAAACGUAUUGGUACAUUACCUAAAGUUGAAUUAUUUACAUUAAUGAUGUCAGACAAUGUACCUGGGAAAUUAAUAAGAAUGUUACGUGUUAAACCAAAAUCUUAUUCAGAAAUAUCACGUACAAUAAGAGCAGCAAGAACCAUGAAAUUAACUGUACGUGCUUGUGGUCAUUUAUCAUCUUCUAAUUUAAUAUUAUACGGUACAAACGGUAUUGUUUUAAUUGAUUGCAUCGAUUUAUCUGAUUCACCUAGAAUUCAAUUUGUUAAUAUGAAAUGUAAAAAUAGUGAAAAAGAAAUACAAGGAUUAAAAUUAUUAUCAUGUGUUAGUAUCAAUGAAUUGAUCAAUUAUCAAAUUAGUCAUAAUAUUGAAAUUAAUCAAAUUGUUGAUACAUAUUCCAUAUUUGGUACAGUUGUGGGUGCAAUUGUAUCUACACAACCCGGUGUAGUUGGUCCAGGCGGUGCUGCAAAUGGUGGUUGUUUAACUGAUGAAGUGAUUGCUAUUCGUAUAGUUGAUUGUCAUGGUGAUUUAAUUGAAUACUCAAGCGAAAAUGAAAUUAUGUCAGCUGUUUCAAAUUUGGGAUUAUUAGGUGUUGUAUAUGAUAUAACACUUAGGUAUAACCCAAUUACAUUAACAAAGGUGAAUUAUCAUUUUUAUAAAUGGUCUGAUUUAUUGAACACUGAAAAUACUAUAUUAAAAGAUGCUAUAACUAUUAAUCAGUCCACUGAAAUAAUCUAUCUACCGUAUAACAGUUGUCAUAUUAAAUCAGUCAAUCUUGAAUCAAAUCAAAAUGGUAUUAAUCAUAAUGAUUAUGUCAGUGCUGAUAUUUCUAAUGAUAAUAAUAGUAAUAAUAAUAAUAAUAAUAAUACUAAUAAUAAUGAUAAUGAACUAGUCGAUUUAAAAGUUUGGAAUAUUGAAGAAGAUGAAGUACUGUUACGUACAACAAAGCGUUUCUCACAAGAUUAUCAAGAUAAUUAUAUUGCUAUUGAUAUGGGAAAUAAUGACCACAUUAAUGAUAAUAAUAAUUAUAAUGAAGAGGACCCAUUGAUCAGUUAUGACUCUGAUCCACAACAAUUUGUUUAUUUAUUAGAUCAAGUAUUUGGUCCAUUCAUUGAAGAAUUUAUCGAACAACCAGACAAUAUACCGAAAUUAUUGAAAAGAGCACAUCAUUAUUUAAGGUGUAAAUAUUUUCCACAUUCAACAACUAUUCAAUAUACACCAUGGGCAUUAAAUUCAUUCGGUAAAUUGAAAGAACCACUUCGAAUAUUGAAAUUUACUAUGGAAACAGAUAAUGAAUUAAAUCAGUUUAUAAUGGCAAUUCGUACAAUAUUAGACAUACUACACAAAUUAGCCAAUGAUAAAUUAUUGAAUUAUUCAAUUAAUCUUGGUCUACGUAUACAAUUUACACCAGGUACUAAUAAUGGUCAUUUGUUAGGUGUUGGAUUAGAAAGUGAUAAAAAACAAUCAGAUUGUAAAAAUUCCCUAUUAGCUCAUAUCACAUUUAUGGGUAUAACACAAAUUGAAUCAAAUAACUUAUGGAAUGAAGCAGCUAAACAAAUAAUUUUAACACUAUUAACUAAAAUACCAUCUUGUAUGCCACAAUGGAAGACAGAAUGGCAUAAUAAACAGUUACUAUUCAGUAAAUUUCGUGAAGCAUUACAAAACACAGUUGAACCAUUGAAAAAAUUAAUUAGUUUGGCCGAUCGUGAUGGAAUGUUUAUGAAUGAAUAUUUAGCUUCGAUUUUCUAUUCAAAACCAACAAUCUAUCAAAAUUUAUAUCAAUCUCAAAGAACCAAUUAUUUCGCAACUAUUUGA